GCAGGCACCGCCAACUCGUACUGGCAUGUCAUAGCCCGCUCUCCCCCGACGGCAGCCCUACCAUUCCAACAUAGAGCUGCUGCAGAGCUCUAUUCGCAAUGUCGCAAUCACUCCGCCCGUACCUCCAGUGCGUGCGCUCGUCGCUCACAGCCGCCCUCUCCCUCUCCAACUUUGCGUCCCAGGCCUCCGAGCGCCACAAUGUUCCCGAGAUCGAAGCCGCCAGCUCCCCCGAAGUCAUCCUAAACCCGCUUACCGUAUCGAGAAACGAGCAUGAACGCGUAUACAUCGAGCCCAGCAUCAACAGUGUGCGCAUAAGCAUCAAGAUCAAGCAGGCGGAUGAGAUUGAACAUAUCCUGGUCCACAAGUUCACACGGUUCUUGACGCAAAGAGCCGAGUCCUUCUAUAUUAUGCGGAGGAAGCCGGUCAAGGGCUACGACAUCUCGUUCCUGAUCACCAACUUUCAUACCGAAGAGAUGCUGAAGCACAAGCUGGUCGACUUCAUCAUUCAAUUCAUGGAGGAGGUUGACAAAGAGAUCUCAGAAAUGAAGCUCUUCUUGAACGCAAGAGCACGUUUCGUGGCCGAGUCUUUCCUUACUCCGUUCGAUUGAGCGUGUUACGAUGCCGGCGUUUGUAUAUAUU